AUGCGCGCCAUAAUUCAGCGUGUCACUUCCGCCUCUGUAACAGUUGACAAUGUAGUCAUCUCCCAGAUCUCUCGAGGGCUCAUGGUACUGGUUGGGAUUGGGGCAGACGAUACAACCUCCGAUGCUUCUGCGCUGAUCAACAAAAUUAUCAAUCUUCGUGUGUUCAAUGAUCCCGUAGAUGUCGAAAAAGCGUGGAAGGCCAGCGUUCGGGACAUCGAUGGAGAGAUACUCUGUGUAUCACAAUUCACUCUUCUUGCUAAUACGACGAAAGGCAACAAACCAGACUUCCACCGAGCCAUGUCUUUUGAAGCGUCACAAGAGAUGUAUGCAGCAUUUUUAAAUCGGCUGCGACAAAUGUACAAAGCAGAUAAGGUUCAAGACGGUAGAUUUGGCGCGAUGAUGAACGUCACUUUAACUAAUGAGGGUCCUGUCACAUUCACACUUGAUUCACGAAAGUUCGAGUACACAGAGCCAUCGAAAGGCGAAGCAGAUGCUAACAAGAAAACUGGAAACUGA